AUGGCGGCCAAGGUGGCGAAGCAGCAGCCCCGGCGGCGGCGGCGGCGGCCACAGUGAGCGCCCGGCUCGCAGCGCCGAGCGCGGUCCCAGGGUAGGGCCACGCGCCGGGCUGCGUCCCUGUUCCUUGGGCCCGGGGGCGCUCCGACUCCCACGUUCCGCCAGCUCCGGGUGAGUAGGCCCGGGCACCCGCACACCCGGCCUCCGGCCCCGGCUCGCCCCGGGCUUCCGAGGACUGCCAGGGCACCCGCCGCGGGCGCAGCCUGUCCGCGGGCGAGGGGCGUCGCGGGCCCCGGCCAGGUCGGGACCUGCCCAGCCUCCCGGCCUUUUCCCUCGGCUGCCCCAGGAAACAUGAUUGUUUGUUGGACUUGAUCUCACAGCCCAGUGAGGACUUCGUUACUGAUAAUGUCAAGUUCAGGUUAUCCUCCCAAUCAAGGAGCAUUCAGUGCAGAACAAAGUCGGUAUCCUUCCCACUCUGUCCAGUACACCUUUCCUAACACCCGCCACCAGCAGGAGUUUGCAGUCCCUGACUAUCGCUCUUCUCAUCUGGAAGUUAGUCAGGCAUCACAGCUCUUACAGCAACAGCAGCAACUUCGAAGACGACCUUCCCUGCUUUCAGAGUUUCACCCCGGUUCUGACAGGCCUCAAGAAAGGAGAUCUGGAUAUGAACAGUUUCAUCCAGGUCCAUCCCCGGUGGAUCAUGAUUCACUGGAAUCCAAGCGACCGCGUCUGGAACAGGUUACUGAUUCCCAUUUUCAGCGUGUCAGUGCUGCGGUUUUACCUCUAGUGCACACACUGCCAGAAGGGUUGAGGUCUUCUGCAGAUGCUAAGAAGGAUUCAGCAUUUGGAGGCAAACAUGAAGCCCCAUCUUCUCCAGUCUCUGGGCAGCCAUGUGGAGAUGAUCAAAAUGCUUCACCCUCAAAGCUUUCAAAGGAAGAGUUAAUACAGAGUAUGGACCGUGUCGAUCGAGAAAUUGCAAAAGUAGAACAGCAGAUCCUUAAAUUGAAAAAGAAACAACAACAGCUUGAAGAAGAAGCAGCUAAACCUCCUGAGCCUGAGAAGCCUGUGUCCCCUCCUCCUGUGGAGCAGAAACACCGCAGUAUUGUCCAAAUUAUUUAUGAUGAAAAUCGGAAAAAAGCAGAAGAAGCGCAUAAAAUUUUUGAAGGUCUGGGCCCAAAAGUUGAACUGCCACUCUAUAACCAGCCAUCGGAUACCAAGGUGUACCAUGAGAACAUCAAGACUGGAGUACCUGCAAGGCGCAUGAUGAAAAACCAGGUGAUGAGGAAAAAACUCAUUUUAUUUUUUAAAAGAAGAAAUCAUGCAAGAAAACAAAGGGAACAAAAAAUCUGCCAACGUUAUGAUCAGCUCAUGGAGGCAUGGGAGAAAAAGGUGGACAGAAUAGAAAAUAAUCCUCGGAGGAAAGCUAAGGAAAGCAAAACAAGGGAGUACUAUGAAAAGCAGUUUCCAGAAAUUCGAAAACAAAGAGAACAGCAAGAAAGAUUUCAGCGUGUUGGGCAGAGAGGAGCUGGUCUUUCAGCCACCAUUGCUAGGAGUGAGCAUGAGAUUUCAGAAAUUAUUGAUGGACUCUCUGAACAGGAGAAUAAUGAGAAGCAGAUGCGACAACUCUCUGUGAUCCCACCUAUGAUGUUUGAUGCAGAACAAAGACGGGUCAAGUUCAUUAACAUGAAUGGGCUUAUGGAAGACCCUAUGAAGGUUUAUAAAGAUAGACAGUUCAUGAAUGUUUGGACUGACCACGAGAAGGAGAUCUUUAAGGACAAGUUUAUCCAGCAUCCUAAAAACUUUGGAUUAAUUGCAUCAUACUUGGAAAGAAAGAGUGUUCCUGACUGUGUUUUAUAUUACUAUUUAACCAAGAAAAAUGAGAAUUAUAAAGCCCUAGUCAGAAGGAAUUAUGGAAAACGCAGAGGCAGAAACCAGCAAAUAGCCCGUCCCUCACAAGAAGAAAAAGUAGAAGAAAAGGAAGAAGAUAAAGCAGAAAAGACAGAUAAAAAAGAAGAGGAAAAGAAAGAUGAAGAAGAAAAGGAUGAGAAGGAGGACUCUAAAGAAAAUUCCAAGGAAAAGGAUAAGACAGAAGGUACAACAGAAGAAACUGAAGAGAGAGAGCAGGCCACUCCUAGGGGGCGAAAGACUGCCAACAGUCAAGGACGCAGGAAGGGCCGAAUCACCAGAUCCAUGACAAAUGAAGCUGCAGCUGCCAGUGCUGCAGCUGCUGCAGCCACUGAAGAGCCUCCACCACCUCUGCCACCACCACCAGAACCUAUUUCCACAGAGCCUGUAGAGACCUCUCGAUGGACAGAAGAAGAAAUGGAAGUUGCUAAAAAAGGCCUAGUAGAACAUGGUCGUAACUGGGCAGCAAUUGCCAAAAUGGUGGGAACUAAAAGUGAAGCUCAAUGUAAAAACUUCUAUUUUAACUAUAAAAGGAGACACAAUCUUGACAACCUCUUACAGCAGCAUAAACAGAAAACUUCACGUAAACCUCGUGAAGAGCGAGAUGUGUCUCAGUGUGAAAGUGUUGCUUCCACUGUUUCUGCUCAGGAGGAUGAAGAUAUUGAAGCCUCCAAUGAAGAAGAAAAUCCAGAAGAUAGUGAAGGUGCUGAAAAUAGUUCUGAUACAGAAAGUGCUCCUUCUCCUUCACCAGUUGAAGCUGUCAAGCCCAGCGAAGACAGCAGUGAAAAUGCUGCUUCCCGAGGAAACACUGAACCUGUGGCUGAGCUCGAGACUACCAGUGAACCUGCACCAGCUGUAUCUCCCUCCUCAGCCAUGCCAAGUACAAAACUGGCUGAAAGUGAGAAGGUGGAAACCCAGGCAGAUGACAGCAUCUGUGUUGAGACUACAGAGCCAAUGGAUGUAGACCACCAGGAGCACAGUGCUGAAGCAGAUUCUGUUCUUGAUCCCCCAACUACUACCAAAGCAGACUCUGUAGAUGUGGAAAUGGGCAUCCCAGAAAACAGUGCAUCUACAGGUGAAGGAGAUACCAAAGAAGGAGACUUGGAAAGAGGUAGUGAGAAAACAGAGCCUAAGGAUGAAGAGUUGGUGGUGGCUCAACAGAUAAGUACACAGAGGCCUGAGCCCCAGUCAGACAAUGAUUCCAGUGCCACCUGCAGUGCUGAUGAAGAUGUGGAUGGAGAGCCUGAGAGGCAGAGUGGUAGAAUGUUUCCAAUGGAUCCAAAGCCUUCAUUGUUAAACCCGACUGGAUCUAUACUAGUCUCAUCCCCAGUGAAAGCAAGCCCAUUGGACCUACCACAGCUUCAGCAUCGAGCUGCCAUUAUUCCACCAAUGGUUUCCUGUACCCCAUGUAGUAUACCAAUUGGAACCCCUGUAAGUGGCUACGCUCUCUACCAGCGUCACAUUAAGGCAAUGCAUGAGUCGGCACUCCUGGAGGAACAGCGGCAGAGGCAAGAACAGAUAGAUUUGGAAUGUAGAAGUUCUACUAGUCCAUGUGGCACUUCCAAGAGUCCAAACAGAGAGUGGGAAGUCCUCCAGCCUGCUCCACAUCAAGUGAUAACUAAUUUCCCUGAGGGGGUCCGGCUUUCAACAACUCGACCAACCAGACCACCACCUCCUCUUAUCCCAUCAUCGAAAACCACAGUGGCUUCAGAAAAACCAUCUUUUAUAAUGGGAGGCUCCAUCUCACAGGGAACCCCUGGCACUUACCUGACUUCUCAUAAUCAGGCUUCCUAUAGUCAAGAAACAGCUAAGCCUUCAGUGGGGUCUAUCUCUCUUGGAUUGCCACGGCAGCAGGAAUCCACCAAAUCAGCUACUUUGCCCUACAUAAAGCAGGAAGAAUUUUCUCCCCGAAGCCAAAAUUCUCAACCUGAGGGUUUGUUGGUCAGGGCCCAACAUGAAGGUGUGGUCAGAGGUACCACAGGAGCCAUCCAAGAAGGAAGUAUAACUCGGGGAACUCCAACCAGCAAAAUUUCAGUAGAGAGCAUCCCUUCUCUACGAGGAUCUAUCACUCAGGGGACCCCAGCUCUGUCCCAGGCUGGCAUACCAACUGAAGCUUUGGUGAAGGGAUCCAUUUCUAGGAUGCCAAUUGAAGAGAAUAGUCCUGAGAAAGGCAGAGAGGAAACUGCAUCCAAAGGCCAUGUCAUUUAUGAAGGAAAAAGUGGACAUAUCUUAUCAUAUGAUAAUAUCAAGAAUGCUCGAGAAGGGACUAGGAGUCCAAGAACAGCUCAUGAAAUCAGUUUAAAAAGAAGCUAUGAAUCAGUGGAAGGAAAUAUGAAGCAAGGAAUAUCCAUGAGGGAGUCUCCUGUAUCAGCACCAUUAGAAGGGCUGAUAUGCCGAGCAUUACCCAGGGGGAGCCCUCAUUCUGACCUCAAAGAAAGGACUGUACUGUCUGGCUCCAUCAUGCAGGGCACACCAAGAGCAACAACUGAAAGCUUUGAAGAUGGCCUUAAAUAUCCCAAGCAGAUUAAGAGGGAAAGCCCUCCCAUUCGAGCCUUUGAAGGUGCCAUUACCAAAGGAAAACCAUAUGAUGGCAUUACUACUAUCAAAGAAAUGGGACGUUCCAUUCAUGAGAUACCACGGCAAGAUAUUCUAACUCAGGAAAGCCGAAAAACUCCAGAAGUGGUUCAGAGCACGAGGCCAAUAAUUGAAGGUUCCAUUUCCCAGGGCACACCAAUAAAGUUUGACAGCAACUCAGGUCAAUCUGCCAUCAAACACAAUGUCAAAUCCUUAAUAACGGGGCCCAGCAAACUAUCCCGUGGGAUGCCUCCACUGGAAAUUGUACCAGACAGCAUAAAAGUGGUGGAACGGGGAAAAUACGAGGAUGUGAAAGCAGGAGAGCCAGUACGUUCCCGGCACACAUCAGUGGUGAGCUCUGGCCCCUCUGUCCUCAGGUCUGCACUUCACGAAGCACCCAAAGCACAGCUGAGCCCAGGAAUUUAUGACGACAGCAGUGCUCGAAGGACCCCUGUGAGUUACCAGAAUACCAUGUCCAGAGGCUCUCCCAUGAUGAGCAGAACUUCGGAGGUUACGAUUUCUUCUAGCAAGUCUGCCAAUCAUGAAAGGAAGUCGACACUGACCCCUACCCAGAGGGAAAGUAUAUCAGCCAAGUCUCCAGUGCCGGGGGUGGAUCCUGUUGUGAGCCAUAGCCCAUUUGAUCCCCAUCACAGGGCCAGCACUGCAGGAGAGGUUUAUCGGAGCCACCUUCCCACGCACUUGGAUCCAGCAAUGCCUUUUCACAGGGCUCUGGAUCCUGCAGCUGCUGCAUACCUGUUUCAGAGACAGCUUUCACCAACUCCAGGCUAUCCCAGUCAGUAUCAGCUUUAUGCAAUGGAGAACACCAGACAGACAAUCCUAAAUGAUUACAUUACCUCACAACAGAUGCAAGUGAACUUGCGCCCAGAUGUAGCCAGAGGACUCUCACCACGGGAGCAGCCACUGGGUCUCCCAUAUCCAGCAACAAGAGGAAUCAUUGACCUGACCAAUAUGCCUCCAGCAAUUUUAGUGCCUCAUCCAGGGGGAACAAGCACUCCUCCCAUGGAAAGAAUCACUUAUAUUCCUGGUACACAGAUUACAUUCCCUCCCAGGCCAUACAACUCUGCAUCCAUGUCUCCAGGACACUCAACACAUCUUGCAGCAGCUGCAAGUGCAGAGAGGGAGAGAGAACGUGAGCGGGAACGGGAGCGAGAGAAGGAGCGGGAACGAGAGCGAGAGCGGAUUGCUGUGGCUUCUUCUGACCUCUACUUGCGUUCAGGCGCAGAACAGCCUGUCCGACCUGGUAGUCAUGGAUAUGUUCGCUCUCCUUCCCCUUCAUUAAGAACUCAGGAGACCAUAUUGCAACAGAGACCCAGUGUUUUCCAGGGAACCAAUGGAACCAGUGUAAUCACACCUUUGGAUCCAACUGCUCAGCUACGAAUCAUGCCACUGCCUGCUGGGGGCCCUUCAAUAAGCCAAGGCCUGCCAGCUUCCCGUUACAACACUGCUGCGGAUGCCCUGGCUGCUCUUGUGGAUGCUGCAGCUUCUGCACCCCAGAUGGAUGUUUCGAAAACAAAAGAGAGUAAGCAUGAAGCUGCCAGGUUAGAAGAAAAUUUGAGAAGCAGGUCAGCAGCAGUUAGUGAACAGCAGCAGCUAGAGCAGAAAAGCCUGGAGGUGGAGAAGAGAUCUGUUCAGUGUCUGUACACUUCUUCAGCCUUUCCAAGUGGCAAGCCCCAGCCUCAUGCUUCAGUAGUGUAUUCUGAGGCUGGGAAAGAUAAAGGGCCUCCUCCAAAAUCCAGAUAUGAGGAAGAGCUAAGAACCCGAGGGAAGACUACCAUUACUGCAGCUAACUUCAUAGACGUGAUCAUCACCCGGCAAAUUGCCUCGGACAAGGAUGCAAGGGAACGUGGCUCUCAAAGUUCAGACUCUUCUAGUAGCUUAUCUUCUCAUAGGUAUGAAACACCUAGUGAUGCUAUUGAGGUGAUAAGUCCUGCCGGCUCACCUCCACCACCCCAGGAAAAACUUCAGGCCUAUCAGCCGGAGAUUGUUAAGGCAAAUCAAACAGAAAGUGAUCCCACCAGACAGUAUGAAGGACCACUGCAUCACUAUCGAUCACAGCAGGAAUCGCCAUCUCCACAACAGCAGCUGCCUCCUUCUUCACAAGCAGAUGGGAUGGGGCAGGUGCCCAGGACCCAUCGAUUGAUCACACUUGCUGAUCACAUCUGUCAAAUUAUCACACAAGAUUUUGCUAGAAAUCAAGUUUCAUCACAGCCUCCCCAGCAGCCUCCCACUUCUACAUUCCAAAAUUCACCAUCAGCUUUGGUGUCUACACCUGUCAGGGCUAAAACAUCAAGUCGUUACAGCCCAGAAUCCCAAUCUCAGUCUGUCCUCCAUCAAAGACCAGGUUCCAGAGUCUCUCCAGAAAAUCUUGUGGACAAAUCUCGGGGAAGGCCUGGAAAAUCUCCAGAGAGAAGUCAUGUCUCUUCAGAGUCCUACGAACCCAUCUCCCCACCCCAGGUUCCAGUUGUGCAUGAGAAACAGGAUAGCAUGAUGCUCUUGUCGCAGAGGGGUGUGGAGCCUGCAGAGCAGAGGAAUGAUUCCCGCUCACCAGGGAGCAUAAGCUACUUGCCCUCAUUCUUCACCAAGCUUGAAAACACAUCACCCAUGGUUAAAUCAAAGAAGCAGGAGAUUUUUCGUAAGUUGAACUCCUCUGGUGGAGGUGACUCUGAUAUGGCAGCUGCACAGCCAGGAACUGAGAUCUUCAAUCUGCCAGCAGUUACUACAUCAGGUGCAGUUAGCUCUAGAAGCCAUUCUUUUGCUGAUCCUGCCAGUAAUCUGGGCCUAGAAGACAUUAUCAGGAAGGCCCUCAUGGGAAGCUUUGAUGACAAAGUUGAGGAUCAUGGAGUUGUCAUAUCUCAGCCUGUGGGAGUAGUACCAGGUAGUGCCAGCACCUCACUUAUGACCAGCAGUGAGACACGGAGGGAUGAAGGGGACCCAUCACCUCUCUCAGGAGGCGUCUGCAAACCAAAGCUCAUCAGCAAGUCCAGCAACAGGAAGUCUAAGUCCCCCAUUCCUGGGCAGGGCUACCUGGGAGCUGAGCGACCCUCCUCUGUCUCCUCAGUCCACUCAGAGGGGGAUUACCACAGGCAGACACCAGGGUGGGCCUGGGAGGACAGGCCCUCUUCUACAGGUUCAACUCAGUUUCCCUAUAAUCCUCUGACAAUGCGGAUGCUCAGCAGUACACCACCAACACCAAUUGCAUGUGCCCCCUCCGCUGUGAACCAAGCAACCCCUCACCAACAGACAAGGAUCUGGGAGCGGGAGCCUGCCCCUCUGCUCUCGGCACAAUAUGAGACUCUGUCGGAUAGUGAUGACUGAACUGCAGAGUGGAUUAUUUGGGCCAGGGCCCAGAGAAAGCGCUCCAGUGUUUGGUGAUUGCAUUUUAAUUACAGGUUAAAACCUGGCCUUCCUAUGACUGCACCCAAAGACUUUUCAGAAGAGCCAGGGCCACAGAGAUGAAGAAAUGAUGGAAAUUUGGAAAGUCAAGUGGGACAAAAUAAAAGAACUGCCUUUCAUACAAGGCAAUUCAAUGGAUUAUAAUAGUGGAGGGUUGAAAUGUAGUUUUUAAAAAGUGGACAACUCCUGUUCUUACAUCAGUUUGUAAAGAAAAAGAAAAAUCACUUUUCUGUAAAUAGAUGACCUUUUUGCAGUGUAUCCCCUUGCUGUAGUAUUUGGUGUACUUAUAUGUUCAAAUCAACACAUCAACAUCGGGGGUAAUUUUUAAAAAUCUUUUUUGUCUACCUUUUUAACCCUUGCCUUCUAAACAACCUCACACAGCCCAUUUACAUGAUGGCUGUCACGGGCAUUGUACUUUUAUCUGAUUUCCUUUCCUCUAAAUUCAGCUUCCCAGUGAUGUUUAAAAUCUUGUGGAAAAAUGUUUAAUUUUUUACACAAACCCUGCUAUACAAUCUGUACAUCAGGGUCAAAAGGUAGGAGCAACAAAAUUCUGCCAUAUUGUAAAUUUCCAGUGCUGGCUUUAAUUUUUUUCAUUAGUAGCACUGAAAAAUAUUGCAUGGGUAUGUUAUACUUCAGUUUUUAAAGUUUUAAAGGCUUAUUUGAGGCAUACCUCACUGUUAUGCACACUGGUAAUUUAACCAUGCCCCUAAGUACUCCUUUUCUUCUGCAUUUGAUGCAGCCCAACAAAGCUUUUGUUUCAAAAUAAAUUUGACUGCCCUGUCCAUAGCUAUAAUAGAUUGUUAUUUAAGACUCUUGGUGUCUCAGGUUUCAAAGGAGAAACACUUUUCUUCAAUUUGAUACAUAUAAUUGGUUGAGUUAAAAGAAAAUCUGUAUGUUAUCUUGGGCUGUUUGACUUGCUUUGGUACUGCAUCCUGGAACAAAUCUUUCCCACCUCUUUGUUAGCACCUACUUGUUCUUCCUUCCUUGGGGCAGGAGUUCAUUGUUUAAUAUUUUCAUUUCACAGAUCUGCAAAGUGCAAAUAAUGUAAAGGAUUGCAUUCUAAAGUAUGGCACAAGGGGCUCCAUUUUAUCCAUCAUUAGUAAUUGUUUGUUGAACUUUCAGAUUUUUCAUACAAAUUAUAGCAUUUAAGCAUCUUUCACUAGCAUAUAGAUACUAACAAUUUUGGGAGAAGGCCACUCACAACUGGAAAGGGCAAAAAUAGCAGUCUCUCAGGAUCAUUAAAAAAAUAGCACUUUACAGACUUUCAAGUAAACCAAAAUUUUAAAGUACUCAAACCUCUUAAGGAAGCAGUUUUACUCACUGACACCCUCCUAUCACCAGUAGCACUGGUGUCUAAUCCCUGUUUUACAGAUGAAGAUAGGCUUAAUGCUUUAUCAUAUACUUCACUAAGUGACAAACACAGGCCACUGCUCUUUGUCCAGAGUCAAGGCCUCUCUGCUUGUUACUGUUCUGCUCUUAUACACUUGAGGGUCUCAAAACAAAGUGGUCAGAGUUCCUCUUACUUGGAAAGUUGACACUUUUAUAUUUACAAUUACAUAUUUUUUUCUUUUUGCGAGUACCAGAAAUCAAACUUCAGACCUUAUGCUUGCCAGGCAAGUGUUGCACCACUAAAUCCCUGGCCCUUCAAGUAUAAUUAUAACGUGAAUGAAAACUGAUGACUAAAUGUUUUCAAUAGUUUUCUCCUAUUAUUUUCAGGUACUGACAAUUCUAGAGUUUAGUAAUUGCUAACUGACCCCAAAGGAGAACAAGUUAAUUUCUAAAACCCUGAGGGUCUUAAUCUAUUCUAAAUCAAUCAAUGCCUAACUUGUUACUUUUGCAGUUCUAGUUUUUGCAGUUCUAGUGGAGGCCCCCAAGGUAAGCUGAAGCUAACUACUCCACCCUCAUCACAGGAAUCAAGUGAUUACUUCACCUCUUACUAUCUGGAGAAGAGAUUUCAUAAUAGGAGAUAAAAUGCAGUAUAUCACUGCUUAAAACUGAGGAAAGGACAGAAUUUUAUACAGCUUCCUUAUUUAUGGGACAAACCCUGAAAGGGGUAGAAGUUCGUCUUACCAUGCUGCCAAUGGCAAACAUAGCUCAGCCAGUGGCUGAUGACUUGCCAAAGCCAGCUGCAAACCAAGGCAUACCUCUGCUAGCUUACACUCAGCAUUCUGAUGCUGUAUCUGUAAGCCUAAUUCUUUAGCAACUAGAAGUAAACUAAGGUCUCCCAAUUCUGCUUAUAAAAACAUUACAAUUUUCCAGUGCAUGUUUACAGUUGGGAAUUUGAUAAAUGCUUUAAUUGUGAAAUGUUGAAAACUCCAAAGACAAUAUGGUUCAGAAAUUUAUACUAUUUUAAACAAGUUUUAGUUCAAACCAAUCAGUAAAAGCAAUCAAUGCUCCUUUUGCUUCACUACCUUGGUUUACACCAGUGCAAAUGAACUCCAAUGAGAAUAUCCACAUGCAGAGAUUCUUUUUUGAAAACUACUAGUUUUUCCAGAAAUGAGAUUAUAAGCUCAAUCAUUGUGAAGGACAAAAAACUUAAAUAAAAACCUUAAGUUUUAGUAACUCUUGCAAUUGUGAAAAAGUAAACAUUCUCAGCAUACAAGGUGAGUGGUUGACAUUCAUUUUUUUAAAGACUGGAUUACACUGGAAACUAAUAAUCUCAGAUUUAGAUUUGGUUGAUGGAAUUAGCUGGUUGGUAAGCAGUAAGCCUAGAUAAAAAGCAGAAAAAAAUUAUAUCUGUAAAAUAUAAAAUUCUAGCUCUAGUCGAAUUCUUAA